ACGACACGUGACGAGUUCAGAGAUGACAACAAGUUUCGAAGACGUGUUGGCGAAGCUGGAAUCUGGUCCUUGGAAUUGGCUGAUAUUCCUCCUCUCUGCUCAUUAUGGGGUCUCUUCGGUGGCAUGCAGACGGUUGCCACGGCAUUCCUCAGCCCCGUGACAGACCACUGGUGCCACAUCCCAGAGCUCCAUGUUGCUAACUGGACGAAGGAACAAAUAUGGAACUAUUCUUUACCCAGGACGACGCUGGGCGGAGAGCCUCACCAUGCCCAGUGUGAGAUGUACGUGAGGAACUACAGCCUCGUGACUAAGCUGACGUGGGAAGAAGCUUUCCUGGCGGCUCCUGAAGGCGAGGGAGAGGGCGGGCUCCAGCGGCGGCCUUGCACCAGCUGGGAUUACGACACGGAAGUCUUCCAAACUACGCUGAUCUCGGAGUGGGACUUGGUGUGCGGGAAAGAAGGGCUCAAGUCGCUGAUCCAGAGCAUAUUCAUGGUCGGUGUGUUCUUUGGAGCCCCGCUGGGAGGGUACUUCGCUGACAGAUACGGCAGGAAGAAGCUCAUGACAGGAUCUCUGUGGGUGUUCAUCCUGGUCUCCAUCACGGGGUCCUUCUCGCCAUACUACCAGCUCUUCCUGCUCUGCCGCUUCCUCAUGGCCUUCACGGGGAACAUCGUCUACCAGACGUCUUAUAUCAUCGCGGUGGAGUCCUGCACAGCCCGCCAGAGAGCCGUCGUCGGGAUCCUGUUCUCCGUCCCCUUCGCUUUGGGUGUCAUGGCACUUCCGGUUGUUGCCUUCCACGUCCGCCAGUGGCACCUGCUGCACCUCGCCAUGUCGGUGCCUGUGAUUGUGCUCAUCGUUAAUACCAUCCUGCUCCCGGAGUCCCCCAGGUGGCUCGUCCUGACCGGCAGGUGGAGUGAGGCUGAGAAGGAGCUACAGAGGGCAGCCAGGUGGAACGGCAGGAAACCUUUCGACUCCAGCUGGCUCCUUGCUACUCUUAAGGAGAUGCAGACAGAAGAAAAAAUCCCCAAGGAAGAACAACACGAGCCAGACGCCCCUCCCUCCUCCUCCUCCUCCUUCUCCAGCAGGGUCAAGGGCGCCCUGAGAAGCUCCUUGGUGUUCAUGAGGACGCCCAUGUUGAGGAGGAUCUCCCUCGUUAUGUACUUCGACUGGUUGGUGUGCACGAUGGUCUACUAUGGGAUCUCUCUCAACUCGGCCAACUUCAGCGCCGACCCGUUCCUGUACAUGUUCCUGGCGGGCCUCAUGGAGCUCCCUUCGUACACGCUGACCAUCCCCUUCGUCGUGAAGUUCGGAAGGAAGGCCCCCCUCGUCGCCUUCUUCGUGCUGUGUGCUCUGGGGACGCUGGUGCUCAUGGUCCUGCCUGGAGGUCGCGACACCUGGUGGUUCCUGGCGGUCGUCAUGGCGAGCAAGUUCUGCAUCACCUCCGCCUACCAGGUCAUCUACCUCUACUGCAGCGAGUUGUACCCGACCUGUCUCCGCACCCGAGGCCUGGGGAUCACGUCGAUGGUCGGGAGAACGGGAGCCAUCAUAUCGCCUUUCAUCACAGACAUGUUGGGCGUGUACCACUCGAUCCCGAGCACCAUCUUCGGGUCCCUGAGUCUGGUCGCCGCCCUCCUCACCUGCCUUCUGCCGGAGACCAAUAACCGCCCUCUACCCGACACCAUAGCGGAUGUUGAGGCUUUUUCGGUCUCUCAUACGAGCAACAGGGGCCAGAUCCCUCGGCCAUCCGCAGCAUCCACAGGAGAGGGAGAGGACGAGGAACCUUGCAUCUCACCAACCAGCGCCACGUCCUCUGUCUAAACGUCUUUCAUUAAUAAAUGAUACGAAGAAA